AUGAGCUUCUUUGGGUUCGGACAGAGUGCAGAUCUGGAAUUGGUCCUGAGCGACGCAGAGAGCAGGCGCCGGGCAGAGCAUAAGACCGAGGAGGGCAAGAAGGAGAAAUAUUUCCUCUUCUAUGACGGUGAGACGGUUUCGGGGAGGGUCAUCCUCACCCUCAAGCACCCAAACAAACGGCUGGAGCACCAGGGCAUCAAGGUGGAGUUCAUUGGGCAGAUCGAGCUAUAUUAUGACCGAGGGAACCACCAUGAAUUCGUGUCACUUGUGAAGGACUUGGCCCGCCCCGGAGAGUUCACCCAGUCACAGACCUUUGAUUUUGAAUUCACACACGUGGAGAAACCGUAUGAAUCCUACACGGGGCAGAACGUGAAGCUGAGAUACUUCCUCCGGGCCACCGUGAGCCGCAGACUGAACGACGUGGUGAAGGAGAUGGACAUUGUUGUACACACACUUAGCACGUACCCAGAACUUAAUUCCUCCAUCAAGAUGGAGGUGGGCAUUGAAGAUUGCCUGCAUAUUGAGUUUGAGUACAAUAAGUCCAAGUACCAUUUAAAAGACGUGAUCGUUGGGAAGAUCUACUUCCUCCUAGUGCGGAUCAAGAUCAAGCACAUGGAGAUCGACAUCAUCAAGAGGGAGACCACGGGGACCGGCCCUAAUGUUUACCAUGAAAAUGAUACAAUAGCUAAAUAUGAGAUCAUGGAUGGGGCACCUGUCAGAGGGGAGUCCAUCCCCAUCAGGCUCUUCCUCGCUGGCUACGAACUGACACCGACCAUGAGAGACAUCAAUAAGAAGUUCUCGGUGCGCUACUAUCUCAACCUCGUGCUGAUUGACGAGGAGGAGCGGCGCUAUUUUAAACAGCAGGAGGUGGUGUUAUGGCGCAAAGGCGACAUUGUGAGGAAGAGCAUGUCCCACCAAGCUGCCAUCGCCUCUCAGCGGUUCGAAGGCACGUCCUCCCAGACGGAGAGCAGAACGCCCAACCAGCCUUCAGAGAACAACGGGCGGCAGUGAGGGGGGUUGCAGCACGAAGGGUUCCAAAGCGCUUCCGUGGUCAAGGCUUGAAGACGUCGACGAGGAAGGAGAACGCAGAACGGAUCUUUCACCAGAGACUUGCGAACACAAAUUAUCUUGUCA